UGACAUAACAUUUGGCAGAAACGUCAAAAAGAAAUUUCAGUAAAUAGCCGAAAGCUCAAAAUCCAGUCCUAAUUUUUCUCAAAAAAAAAAAAUGGGUUUCAACGAAACAGUUUACAACUUGAUCUUCAAAAGAACCUCUACAAUGGCUUUGGCAUGUGUCGCUUCGGCAUUUUUCUUUGAGAGGACCUUUGAUUUGGUUACCGAGAAUCUUUUUGAAAAGAUCAACGAAGGGAAACUGUGGAAGCACAUCAAGGAUAAAUACCAGCAGUAAUUUUUAAGAAACUAGUUGUGAAAUGUUUAGCAUUGUUUAUAUGUUCUAAAUAAAAAAAAUAAAUUCUAAACAAUAUUUUAUUUUAAUACUCU